AUUUACCAGGCCUUGUUCGUAAUGUCGAAGGUUAUCUGUUAAACGUAGCCAGGGGCUUACGAGCUAGCAUUGCGGCUAGCAGUACACCGUUUAUACUGCUGAUUUCUCCCACUUGCUACGUGAAGCCUUGUCACGGGAUCUUCAUGGCUGUAGGUAAAUAAUUUGCGAGCGGGUUUCUCGUAUCGGCAGGACCGUGAAAUGUGUAUAUUCGAGAAGCCCGCUGACCUUUCGGUUGGACGAGCUAGCAGCCUCGGUAGCAAAACAGUAAUGUGACGACGUGUUGUGUGACCAGUUAGCAAUGGUGCAAGGACGGGGGAGCGUCAUCAAACCAGCAGAAAGAGAAGUCGGUGUUUUCAUCUGCCGAUCAAACCAUCCACUCUGCACAGACUAUUAAAAUGGUGUGACAGACAACCCUCAGAGAGCGGGGUCUAACACCUUACAGAAGAUGGAGGAGCCUCCUCGUUUGUACAUCUCAGAACAUGGAGACAAUGAGGACAUAGAGGAGGAGGAGGAGGAAGAGGAAGAUGAGGAAGAUGAGGACAUUUAUGAGGAAGAACCAGACUUGAAUAAGUUUCGCUACCAAGAACCUCACAGACUUCCCAACCAGGAGAGAAACUGGGACUCCUUUCCCUGCCAGCACUGUGAGAGACGCUUUACCAGCAAACAAGGCUUGGAACGACACGUGCACAUUCACACUAUGGCCAACGAUGAGGGACAUGGAUGCAAAAGCGAUACGAGCAGCAUGUCUUUGGGUUCAAAUUUAAAUCAGCUGCAGCAAGAAAAGACAAAACCUCUGGAUUCAGCGGGCUCAGACAUGCAGCUUCAUAGCUCAUCCCCCACUAGCCCUAACACUCCUAUUUUGUCUGCUGGAGAUCACACCGCAGAGCCACACAAACCGGGUGUUCUACACGGGCAUCAUGCUUGCAAGUACUGUGAAAAGGUAUUCACAACUCACACCAACAAGCGACGCCAUGAACGCAGGAUCCACGAGAACAACCUGCAAGUCGCACAUGUGGAGAAAACCCAAGAGGAAAGUCCUCAGAGAAUAGUGAGUGAAUCAUCUCAGCAGCAAACGCAGCCUGGUGACUGUACAGCGCUCCAAUCUGCUCUGGAGAAUGAAAGGGAACAAUACAUGCUAGAUGUCUCUAGCAAUAUUUCCGAGAAUCUCAGCUUCUACAUCGAUGGAAAGAUAGUGUCCACAAGUACAGUCAGUAACUGUGAAGCAGCCGAGGUUCAUUCUGGGCCUUCGGCUUUGGUUGGACUGGAUGCCCUGAUUCUAGACCCCACCCAGAUCAGCCAGGUUUUAAACACAGAUUCAGCUACAGGCAAAGAAAUACCUGGUCAACCGCUUGGCAAGAGGAGAACUGCAACGCCACCUCUCUUACCGCAAAUUAAAACUGAACUGGAGUCUGAGGUAGUCGUGUCUUCAUCCUCCUCAUCACUUGUAUCUUCUUUAAUAGAGAACCUGCUUCCUCAGAACACGGAGUCUACAGUCGUGCAAAAAGAAAGAACAGUGUUUUUGUCGCCAAAGCUGAAGCAGCUUCUGGAGAAACAGGACGGCCUUAAACCGACACUUGCCCUCAUCACAGAUGGCCAGAAGCCGUGCUCACCUGUGUCUCUCUCUGUCCUACCUUCUGGAACAGGGAGGUUUAAAAGAAGAACUGGCUCUCCAACAAGCUCUCCACCGCAAAAUGAAGAAACGCCAGUGACAGAUACAGGAGAUUUUGAUGACGGACUAAUAGAGAUCCAGCAAAGCUCACCUGUGGACCAAACGCUGGAGAACAACGGCACAACCCCGUCUGCUGCGGAGCCGGCAGCGAAACCUGUUUUGACGGAGAGCUGGCCCCCCGUGACCGGCGGUAAUUCCUGCAACCAGCAGCCUCUGGAUCUCUCGAACACAGUCAAAAGAAAUGAAGACUUGGCUUUAGCUGAUGCCGUGCUGGAUUUGAGUUUGCAAAAAAAGAGCUUAGGUGAACCUGAACCGACGCUGAGUUUUAUUUCACAGACGCUUUUGACAGAUGGAGAAUCAAAUGCAUGCAUGGUGGAAAAAGCCUUAAUGAAGCUCGGAGAACACGGCAUAAGCCUAGGGAAUCCUGGCACUCCUUUAGUCACAGACUUUACCAUAGUGACGGGUUCAGACAUCGUGACCCCAGUGGAGCCUGUUGCAGACGGGCUUGUUUACGGACUCGCCCUACCUGCCACUUCUCUGACUCCAUCGUCGGCCGCUCUUACCCCCGUUGCUUUGCAGCCAGCUUCACCCUGCGCUAUAGCGUUUGCUUCCCCAACCUCACACACCGUGCUCCCUACCGCUCCUUCAUUAAUCACAGUUUUGGCGGCGGCACCACCACCACAAAUUUCCAACCCCUCAAACCAACCAAUUCAGGUAUUAGCCCCAAAUAUAUCUCCUGAGCCCCUGGUAAUCUGCACAGAAAAUGCAUUGAAUUCUUCAGAGUGCGAUUUAACCACCGCGUUUGCCGCUACGAGUUCUGCAAACCUCGUCACUCUGUCCCAACCCCUUGACCCGACUCUAAAUCUCCCCGGCCACGUGUUUCUCACCGAUCAAAUUGCUCUCAAUCCGCCUAUGGUGGAGUCCACUCCUGUGUCAGAAGUGCCGUUCACACCCACUGUGACUUUAAAUGACUCCCUACUCAGCUCGUACAACAUCGCCAGCAACACAGUGUUAAUAGAGUGUACAAUAGCCCUCGAAGCCCCGGGGAGUGUAGUCCCUGCUGCAAUUACCCUACAAGAAAAUACUGCUGAGUCUCCCGCUCCGACACAGAUGGUUGUUAAUCACAUAGAACAGCAACAGAUUGUAUCGCUGCCCGACCCUCAAACUGCAGACCCCACUAUUCUCGUGUCGUCCAUCGCGGAAUCGGUAACUCUUUCCACUACCGCUCCUGUGAUACCCGAUAGUCCUCCUGUGGCCGAGUCGAAUCCUGACCCAGAGCCUGCUGUCAGCACAGAGCAGCCAACCACAAAAGAUGAAGAAGUUCCUGACAGUUCUGUUCCUGAAAUCUCAUCUAUGACCUCUCCAGCUCCUGAGAAAGCAGAAGAGGAGGAACCCUCAAAUGACACACCGACUGAUGUACAACAGCAGACGUUCACCAAGAAUUUCGUCUGCAACGUGUGCGAUAAGCUUUUCCAUUCGAUGAAGGAGCUCGGCCACCACGUAGGCGACCACGCUGAUGAAUGGCCCUACAAAUGUGAGUUCUGCGUGCUGCUCUUCGGCAAACCCUCCGCUCUGCUGGACCAUCGAUCGAGCCUCCACGGCGUCGGAAAGACUUACGUUUGCAACGCGUGUACAAAAGAAUUUGUCUACCUUUGCAAUCUGAAACAACAUCAGGAAGAAUUACAUCCCGGUCAGCAGUGCACGUACGCAGAGGAGGAAAAGGGAAAACUACGACCUCAGAACUACAACAACUCAACUAAAGUUAACUCGGAUCCUUUGGUUCCUGAAGCUCCGGAGGAACCCAAGAAAGUGGUGAAAAAGGAAGAAGGUGAGGUGGAUGUGGCAGCUGAAGAACUGUUUACAACCAUUAAAAUCAUGGCUUCAGACGGAGGCAAAGUCAAAGGACCUGAUGUCCGUCUCGGCAUUAACCAACAUUAUCCCAGCUUCAAGCCUCCUCCGUUCCCUUACCAUAACAGAUCACCUGCCGGUUCCAUGGCUUCAGCCACAAACUUCACCACCCACAACAUCCCACAGACCUUCAGCACCGCCAUCCGGUGCACCAAGUGUGGGAAAAGCUUUGAUAACAUGCCAGAGCUGCACAAGCAUAUCCUGGCUUGUGCAAACGCCAGCGAUAAAAGGCGAUACACACCCAGAAAGAAUCCUAUCCCACUACGGCACUUUGCAAAAACUCAGAAUGGAGUGCUGUCGACUACUAAUUCUACCAACGGACUAAAUGCUUCGAACAGAGUCAGUCAGUCGAACAGGUCCAAACAUAGUCCAGAACCACCGGUGAAGUUCAAAGUGCUGAACAAAAGGAAGAAAAAGUUGGUCCAGAGGGUGAUGCCGCAGAGGAACAAGUCACAUAAAGUGUCGUCUGCACAGGUGGGCGAGCGACAGGAAGUGUUCGUGUGCCCACACUGCAGCAGGGAGUUCACGAUGCGUCGCAGCAGAACCAAGCACAUGGCCGUCUGCCCCAAGAAACUGAAAGAGAUAAAGAAGAGGAAAGAUGGAGGGAUCUCUCUGACAAAGGAGAACGACAGACACUUGCAUCGAGGGGUUUCUCAUGCUGAGGAGAAACGGCAGUCCUCGCCUCCCCACAAAACCAGACUGCAGACGUCUGGCUCUGCAAAGAGGCCCGCCAUCCUACCGGUACAAACCGUCUUUUCCAACAAAAGAAGCAAAAUCAUCAUCAAAGAGAGCACACAGCCAAAACACGAGACGCCCACUCUGAGUGAACUUCCCAUUGUUCGCACUUUCAACCCCUCUAUGCGGCAGUAUAGCAGAGUGCAGCACAGCGUCAAAGGAGUCCCAAUAAAAAUCACUAUAGUGAAACCUCAGCAGACUGCACCACAGAAAGAUGAGUUGCCUCCCAGCCAGAGCCGAAACGAAGCAACCGGAACCGUUACCAGCAGCCCCGAGCAGAGCGCUUCGGCUUGACGUCGACUCGGAAACCCAUCCGGGAUCCGCAGGACUGCUGUACUGAAGCCCUUCAGCGAUCCUAAAGGGAGAAAACUGGUAAUCGCACUGUAAACCCAGCGGACUCGUAGGCUGUAACCUACUGUAGAUUAAACGACUGAAUUCAGGGCAGAUAAAACAGACAAACUACAGAAACCACACUGGGGGGAUGCGUGUAACUGGGUGUUUGAAUGCUUUUGUAGUAGCUUGGAGUUUCGUAGAUUCCCUCUUUCGUCUCGUCAAACUUUGUGUCACCGGCUUGGAUUUGCACUUGAAGUUAAUCUGACUGCUACAUGUCACAAACUGGAAAAGGAAUUGGGAGGAACUGAGCUGGAAGGCUGCUCUCAUUUCCUGCUUGGUGGGGUUUUCGGAGAGGAUGGCAGGUGGCAAUCAUUUUCAGCAUGCAUUUGCACUUUUUUCUUAUCUGUUGUGUGUGGCCUUUUGGUUUCAGCUCUUAGUGCAUGCUGUCUGUGUGCUUGUGCUCCAGCUACGUUCAUUUAGGGAGGAUUAUGUUGAUGCAGUUAGGCCUUAAACACUGAAUCUGAUGUCGAUCCUUUGAUCUGGUGGAUCAAGAAACCAAUAGAAGUACAAGAAGGAUGUGUUAGAUGUAAUAAAAUGUAAACGAUUGUUUCCGGACUCAAGACGGCAGAAUUGCAGAAAAACAACACACUCUGUAGUGCAGUGGAAGGUUGGCCACAGGCUUUCUGUUAAAAUUCCUAUGAAGGAUUUCAAUAAUUGCUAUUAGUCUGUUUUAAUCAUUGGUGUGAAUGUAACAUUUAGUAGAUUAAUGCUACAGCAUUUUCAGAUCAGAAUAGUGUGUUAUGUGACUGCCCCAGCUGCUACUCUAUGUAUUUGUAUGAGAGUUUUGAGAAUAAUGAUGUUUUUUUAUUUCUGUGCCAUCUAAUGUAUAAGUUCUGACUAAAUGUGGCAUAAAAGUGGUGGAAAAAAGAAACAUUAGUCAGUGUUUCCCACAAGAAGAAUUUAUUUUGGUGGUUAAACAAGUUUAAAUUGCACAUUUGGCUCUUCAAAAUUUCCUUUAAAAGAUUGAAAUUAAACCUCAUUAAUGCAAUUUACCUUCUAAAUGAGAAUGCAGCCAAACUACAUGAUCCGUUUUGCAUCCUUAAAGGCCACCACAAAUAGAUUUAUGACUUUUGGGAAGCACCGCAAUCCCAAAAAGAAAGUACUCUGAUGAAACCGUGUACAGCUUGAACGCACCGAUGCUGCUUUGAAAUGCGUGUUCUACUUCUAAACGACGUCGACCGAGCCGAGGCCAGCGCUGGACUUUCCCGCAUCCCUCCUAAAACCCUAUUAUUCUUACAGUAGUCGAGUUUUUGAUUUUUGUUUUGCAGCUCUCCUGGAAAAUGUUUGUCGGAAAUCUAGUUUUGUGGUAUUUUCCUUCAGCAGUGACUAGAAGUAAAAGUCUGUUUCGGUCUUUUCCAUCUGUAACAUACGACCACGUCAUCGUUGAUUGUAAUCCGUGUAACAGUUGCCAGUGAUUUAAUGUGUGAAGCGUGUGUAUUUAAUUCCCACAUGUAUGAAUCACAAAAUAGAAAUGGGAUCAGUUAUGGGAUGAUUUUUUGUUUUUCUCCUGAAAAACCUGUAGUGGCAAAAUGAUUUUAAAAGCUACUAGUUUGAAGAUCCAGUGCAAUACAGGGUAGUUCUGUCAUUAUGAUCGAGUUUUAUUAAUUUGGUCAGUCUAAAACUUGACAAUAGUCUGUAUGAGAGAGAGAGAGAUUGAUUUAUGGUACGUUUAUGCCUUUGCAAACUUUGCUGGUUACGUUUCUUUCAUACAGACGAGACUGCAAAAAUGUUGGGUGUACAGGACGGUUUGGGAGACUGUUAUUUAACUGUGAAAAGUGCUUGUAGCAUUUCAAAGUGUAAAUUGAGUCAUGUAUAUUUAUUAAUAAUUUAAAAUCAUGUUAUCAGUCUUUGAACAAUUCCUCUAUGAUUUGCACUAAAAGUUUUUUCAAGCGAGUGUUCAGAAUAAACGGAGAAUGUGAAGGUUGUAUGUCAA